AUGGCGACGUCGAUUCAAGAGGUGGACUUGUCCGACAAAAGACUACAGGAGAUCCUCAGUGUAACAAAUGACUGGGCACUUUGCAACGGGAUCAGUAUAGGGUCUGGUGCAGAUGGAGUUGAAUCAGAAAAAGUCCUCCCAGCUCCCUACUCUCUGUUUCCCAGCGUUGUUCCGGCUCCUAUCUUAGAGCACGUGAAGUCUACCAUGACUCACUUCAACCGGCUCAUGCACAAAGUUUCUAUGGACCACGAGUUUUUAGAACAGUCUUUGAAAAAUGUGAUUCAAGUAGACCCUUUCAUGCAGAGCUUUUGGGAGGUCUACUGUAAAGUCAGGGAGUCGGGGAUCAAGCAGCCGCUACAUCUUGGCUUGUUCCGAAAUGACUUCAUGAUGAACUGUCUAGAUGAUAGCGUAUGUCCUAAUCAGAUUGUCAGCACUGACCGGCAAGAACUCAAGCAGAUUGAGUUCAAUACUGUCUCUGCAAGUUGUGGGGGAAUCGCAGGCCAGAUGGCAGAUUUGCACAGACUGUCUCUUGGAAUGGCUGGGAAAGACUUGAAACCAGAACAGCUUCCUGACAACAAGCCUGCUGUGGGACUUGCCGACGGUUUGGUUAAAGCGUGGGAACUCUACGGAAAUCCCAGAGCUGUAAUCAUAUUUGUAGUGAGUACCUCGGAGCGAAAUGUCAUAGAUCAAAGAUGGGUGGAAUUCAAAGUUUACGACAGGAACCCUAAUAUCCGGAUUCUACGCAAGACUUUCUUGGACAUUUAUAACCACGGCUAUUUGGAUGACCACAGCAGACUCAUCAUAGAUGGUGAUGAAGUAGCACUGAUUUACUUGAGGGAUGGAUACACAGCAGAAAACUACACUUCUCAAAAGGAAUGGGACGCCCGGCUGAAAUGUGAACUGUCUCGUGCCAUCAAAUGUCCCUCUGUACAGCUUCAGCUGACCGGGGCCAAGAAAAUCCAACAAGAGCUGACUCGGCCCGGGGCUCUGGAACGUUUUGUCUCUGACCCACAGGUGGUCAACACACUGAGGGACACCUUUGCUGACCAGUACAGUCUGGACCUGAACCAAGAAGGGGAUGCUGCCGUGAAGCUCGCCUUGCUGUCUCCAGAGAAAUUUGUCUUGAAACCCCAACGCGAAGGUGGAGGUAACAACUUGUACAAUGAGGACAUCACCACUUUCUUCAAGGAGCACAAUGGCUCCAAAGAGCGGAGUGCGUACAUUUUGAUGCAGAGAAUUUUCCCAUGGCAACAGAAGAACUAUCUUGUCAAGCCUGGAGUCCCUUUUGCUUUGUCCGAUGUCGUCAGUGAGCUGGGCGUAUAUGGAGUAUACAUUGGAUCUGCUGAUUCGGAGGUCGUGAACUUUGAAUGUGGUUACCUAAUGAGGACGAAGAACCAGGGCAGUGAUGAGGGAGGCAUUUUUGCUGGCUUCGCAGUUUGGGACAAUCCUCUGGUCAUCUAG